AUCUUCUUUAAUGUUCAGGCAAUCCAUCUAGACAGCCGAAAUAAUAUUUAUAUUAAUAUUUAAAACUUUCGAUUAAGAUAAAAAUUAGUUAUAAUCAUUAUAUUCAAUCAAUUUUGCAUUCACAAUUUUAAAUUGAAGAAAAUAUUCCCAAUAAAAAAUGCUAAAAAAAAUAAAAAGAAAUAAUAUAAUCGUUAGGAGGGCUGGCGCCCCCGCCCCCCGCGCCGCCCGCCCCCGGGCAGAUGCCGCCGCCCACGCAGCACGACGCGAUGACCAUCAAACGGAAGGUCGACACCAAGUACAAGCUGCCCACGCUCAACUGGAUCGCUCUAAAACCAAACCAGGUCCGCGGCACGAUAUUCAACGAGUUGGACGAGGAGCGGCCCCGUCGCCGGAUCAACUUCAGCGAGUUCGAGGAGAGGUUCCGUAUAGGCGGCGUGUGCGCGCCCGCGGACACGAGGGACACGGACACGCUCGCCUCCUUCCCCAGCAAGAGGUUCCGCAGGCCGGACACCGUCAGUCUGCUGGAACACACGCGCCUACGGAACAUCGCGAUAUCAAGAAGAAAACUGGAUACGCCCGUGGAAAAAGUGAUUGCAGCCAUCAACAACCUAGACCUCAAACAGUUGCCGUUAGAGAGUGUUGAAAUACUGCAGCGGAUGGUUCCUACAGAGACCGAACAGAAAGCUUACAAAGAGUACGUUGCGGAGAAGAAGAACAUCAACCAGCUGACUGAAGAAGAUAAAUUCUUGAUGCAACUAGCCAAGGUUGAGAGGAUAUCAGCGAAGCUGUCCAUAAUGAGCUACAUGGGAAACUUCUUCGACAACAUCCACCUUAUUACGCCGCAGAUCCACGCUAUAAUAUCUGGCUCAUCGUCUGUUAAAUCUUCACAGAAACUGAGAAAUGUUCUGGAAAUAAUUCUAGCGUUCGGCAACUACCUGAACAGUAGUAAGAGAGGGCCGGCGUACGGUUUCAAGCUCCAAUCCCUGGAUACGUUAAUGGACACGAAGUCAACAGACAAACGUAUAUCGUUACUGCACUACAUCGUGGGCACCAUCAGGCAGAACUUCCCUGAACUGAUGAACUUCGACACUGAGUUGCUAUACAUCGAUAAAGCUGCUCAAGUGUCGCUCGAGAACGUGGUGGCGGACGUGUGCGAGCUGGAGCGCGGCAUGGAGGCGGUGCGGCGCGAGUGCGACGCGCGCGACGCCCACCGCGCCUCCCACCCGCACGUGCUGCGGGACUUCCUCAACAACGCGGCCGACAAGCUGCGGCGGCUGCGCACCGAGACCAAGCACGCGCAGGAUUCGUUCGCGUCAUGCGUUGAGUAUUUCGGCGAAGCGCCGCGCGGCUGCGACGCCAACGCUUUCUUCUCGCUGCUCGUUAGAUUCACGAGAGCGUUCAAGCAAGCCGACGCAGAGAACGAACAAAGGCGAAGGCUAGAACAAGCCGCACAACAAGCCGACACUGUAGAUCCUAAUAAAGCCAAGUUGGUGCAGAAAAAACAACAGGAGGCUGUAAUCAACGAAUUAAAAACGAAAUCGCAGGCCGUCGGCGAAAAGAAACUCCUUCACCAAGACGAGGUGUACAACGGUGCACUCGAGGACAUACUGCACGGGCUCCGUAGCGAGCCGUACCGGCGGGCGGACGCCGUCCGGCGGUCGCACCGGCGCCGUAUCAACUCGCACCGGUUAUCCAAAGGCUUGGACGAAUUAGACGUAUGAUACGAGCCUGACGGGCACACGGCCGACGUGUACGCCGCCGUCGCUGCUAUAAACGCCCGAUGCGCCUCCAACGAGCAAAAAAGGAAACGCAAAGACCUAGGUAUGGUGCACACGAAACAUACAAUAUCCGUUUACAAUAUAGAAGACAACGCCGAUUUUAUGAAUGAUGCGUACGCGCACCCGAACGUCGCACGCAGAUCUAAAGUGUCCCCUUAUAAAGUGGCGCCCACCGAGUGCGAAGUGGACGAUCGCUGCGAACUAAUAAAGUCUACUUACGAUGCGAUAACGAAAUACACACGCGCCAUGUUCGAUAAGCAAAACGAAACCGUCGUGUGAACGAUGUGCCUGUAUGUGAGCCUACGUUACAUUAUUUGUAACCGAAACGCUGGCCGGUUCGAGUUUCACGUAUGCCUCUUGCCAUAGAAGUUGUGAAUGUUUUUAAGACCCAUUUUUUACACGGAAAUUUUAUAUUUGAUACGCCUACGAUUCAUUCCAUUCCACGUGUGACAGUGUACACAGUAUUUUAUUAUGGACUAUAUAUAUUUAUAAAUAUACGAUUGAUUUUUGAAACGAAAUGAAAGCUUAGCUUUUGAUAGGAGCCCAAUGUGGGGCAAUCGAAUAUUAUUUUAUUAUAGCAGUGCUAUGAUAUGGGCCUUAUAGUUAGUCCCGCUAGAUUUAUAUAAGCGCACAAUUUUUUACGCAAAUUUUUAAUCGGUCCGACCUAUUUUACAAAUAUUUAGAAUUUCAAUAGUAGAUUUAUCGUAAUUUAAAAUAAUGUAUCAGUGCCCUUAUAAAAUAAAAUUUCGUGUAUACUAUGUAUAAUUAUUAUAUGAAUCAAUAAAACUUAAAACAGUAAUGAUAAGUUUAAAUGUAUUUGCAUUUAUAAACCUGCAGUUUUUAUACCAUUUUGUGAUAGUUGUUUAUUCUCACCCGGUUUUGUAUAUCAAAAUCAGGCGAUAAAAGUGAUACAAUGAAGCAUUUUUUAUCUCUAGCAUGACAUUUUUUAUUAUAUAUAUUGUUCUGUGUUAGUAAUAUAAAUAGAAAUACAAACACAGAAUAAACUGAUCUGAUUUUAUGGCCAUUCUAUUAAAUAAUUUGUAAAUAAAUGCCUCUUCAAUUUGAUUGUAAAAGUUUAAAUUUCAGAAAGGCAGUUUUGUUUUUUGUAAAUAUAGUAUUAUUAUGUUACUCAAGCUACUUGAGAGAAGAGCAUGCAAUAUAUUUUUAAAUGUAAUUUAUGUUAUUAUUUUAUAUAUGUCUGAAAUUGGUACUAUAACAAAAUUAAUUUUUUCUCAACACAAUUUUAAUGUAAUUAUUUUGUAAUAAAAUAUUUUAUAGUUAAUUUAUAUUGAUUGUAAGUGCUCAGUUUUAAUAACAGUAUUGAUAUACACAAGCUGUAUCUGUCAAUUUAAAUAAAUAAUUAUGUGCUAAAACCAGCUUAAAAAAAAAAACCCUUUUUUUAUUUUACCACAAAUUGUAAAUCCUAAUAUUAACUAAAUUGUCUAAUUAAAGGGUGCUUAUAUAUUUUGCUUGUUUAUUUAUAAUAGUUGCUUUGCAAAAUAAUGACAGUAAAUUAAUCUCUCUUGGACUUUAAUACAGGGUCUAAAAAGAUAAGGUUCGACAAGCUAUAGAAUGAGAAAAAUUGCAGAUUUUCCUCAUUCAUUUUUUAACAUUGAUGACAUAGGUUAUGUUAUUAUGUUUAAAAACUAUUAUUAUUAUACUCGCAUUGUAACUACCGGCACAUCUUUUCAGGAUAACUCUACAAAUCUUUGGUGCAGCACUUAAAGACUUAUUUUGUGUAGUUGGAUUUCACGUCUGUAGUUGCAAACGAGUUUUUAAGUUUAGUAGAAGUUUAUAAUGUUUUUUUCUGUAUAGAGUUGUUUGUAUGUAAAGUAUACAAGAGUUUUGAUAGUUUUGUUCAUAUUGCAUGUAUGCUAGCAUUAGUACCAGUAUUUAAUGAUGCAAUAAACAAAAUACAUUUACAAUCUGCAAGCAUUUUUAUUUAUAAAAUACUGAAGAAUAAUUAUGUCAUAAAUAAUAUAUCUCAAGUAAGUGUUAUCUUAAACAUAUACUUAAUAUUAUAAAGGUUUGGUAUUUUGUUCUGUAAUCUAUAGUAAUUUAUUUUCUAAAUACCAAAUAUCAAAUCAAAUCAAAUAUUAUUUAUUUUCCAAACAGCGUACAAUUACUUAGCUAGGCAGUGAUCACUACACUAGGCUCGCAGACCUGAACAGUAGUGACCGAAGGUGAACACCAGAAGAAAACAAAAUAAUCAUUGCACACUUAACUCAAAGAAUUAUUAGAUCAUUAGGAAAAUUUAUAGAUCAUAGUUUAUUAUUAAUUCUUAAACAAUUUAGCAAGGUAAACAAUAAAUGCGAUCGUUCAUUUGGGUGUACAAAGGUGUGUAAGUUGUGUAGUGUGAAGUGUGAUGUGAAGAAUAAGGGCAGCAUGUCAGCCAGUUGAUGGAAGGAGGUGUUCAGUCUCUGUAUAGUUCAGACUCAUCAACCAGUUUUUGGUAACUAAUUUAGCUUUACGCAAGCAGAAACUAUGUACCGGGCUUUUACGGUUUAUCCUAUUGUAGAUAUAAGGGUGGGAAAAAAAAGGGAAACGUUGGGCAAAUGCGGUGCGAACACUUGGCAGGGGGACCUUAAAUAUACGCUUUUUAGCCAACGUAUAGUAAUCGGGGGAAUUAAUAACCUUUUUAUGUUGGGCGCAUACAACUCGCCACACGUAUAGUUGUCGGACUCGGAGUAUUUUGGCUUCCUUAUAAAGUGUGUCCGUAGGGUACCGGUAAGGUUUGUUGAGCAUGACUUUUAAUACUGCACGUUGGGCUCUUUCCAGUUCGAUGAAGCUGGUCUUACUUGAACAGCCCCAUACACCUAUGCAAUAAAUCAGAAGAGAUUGACAUAACGAGAUAUAAACCAAAUGAAGUAUAUCAAGAGGUGCUGACCUCCUGAGAGAUUUUACAAUAUAAAUCAUUUUUCUUACUCGUGACGAGACAUGGGAGAUAUGCCGGUUAAAAGAGAGAUUUUCGUCGAUACGUAUGCCUAGAUAUGAGACCCAGUCGGCUCUUUCCACCGACUCACAGUCACAGACACUCCUGUAUGUACUGUGAUUACAAGUAGCAUUUAGUAAAUUGCAUUU